CAGCGCUCCAGGAUCCCGCCCAUCCCGGUUACUUUGACAACACAAAGGACUUCACGGAACUCACAGGCGCCGCCUCCCUUUCCAAAUAAGGGCAGUCUCUCCAUGUACGGAAAACAAUCGGUGCGAGAUUGCCCUUUUCUCUUCCUUAUCCCGUUUAUAUGAUCGGAGAGGAACUGCGCUUCAGGUUGGAAGCGGUGCGAUCAUGGCCGAGCGAGUCCAGCAGCCCCCAGCCAAGCGGCUCUGCUGCAGGCCCGGCUACAACCCGGCAUGCAGGCAGGGGCAGCGGGCUGGAGGAGUCCUGUGUGGCGGCGCAGGGUCCGCUCCGGGAGGGUCGGGGAAUGGAAAAACGCACAACCCGGAGUCGUUGCUCGACAUCGCGGCACGCAGAGUCGCGGAGAAGUGGCCGUUCCAGAGGGUGGAGGAGCGGUUCGAGAGGAUCCCUGAACCCGUCCAGCGGAGGAUCGUAUACUGGUCAUUCCCGAGAAGCGAGAAGGAGAUCUGUAUGUAUUCCUCUUUCAACGCCGGAGGAGAGGAAAGUGGAACUAACGGGGACAAUAAUGACGAGACCCAGCUGCCUUUCCUACGGGGUGUCACUCUGCUAGAGGGUGGCUGGGUGGACAACGUAUUGCAAGUCGGUUUCCAUCUCAGCGGCACAGUGACGGACCCGGCCACACCCUCGACCCCAGAGCUCGUUUGCAGCGUCAGCGUCAGCUUCGACCGCUGCAAGAUCACGGCAGUAACAUGCACCUGCGGCAACAAAGACAUCUUCUACUGCGCCCAUGUAGUGGCACUGUCACUUUACAGAGUACGGAAGCCCGAGCAGGUCAAACUGCACCUGCCCAUCUCAGAAACCCUGUUCCAGAUGAGCAGAGACCAGCUGCAGAAGUUCGUCCAGUAUCUGAUUUCAGUCCACCACACCGAAGUGUUGCCUACCGCACAGAAACUGGCUGAUGAGAUUCUGUCGCAGAACUCGGAGAUCAACCAGGUCCAUGGGGCCCCGGACCCCACAGCAGGAGCCAGUGUAGACGAUGAGAACUGCUGGCAUCUGGAUGAGGAGCAGGUUCAGGAGCAAGUCAAGCUCUUCCUGUCGCAGGGAGGAUACCACGGCUCGGGCAAGCAACUCAACCUGCUCUUUAGCAAGGUGAGGGAGAUGCUGAAGAUGCGUGACUCCAAUGGAGCGAGGAUGUUAACACUGAUCACAGAACAGUUCAUGGCCGACCCUCGGCUUGCGCUGUGGAGACAGCAGGGCACCACCAUGACCGACAAGUACAGACAGCUGUGGGACGAGCUAGGUGCCCUGUGGAUGUGCAUCGUACUGAACCCCCACUGCAAAGCAGAGCAGAAGUCUUCAUGGCUGCGCCAGCUGCGCAGAUGGAACAGCGUGGACGUCUGCCCCUGGGAGGACGGUAACCACGGCAACGAGCUGCCCAACCUCACCCACUCACUGCCUCAGGGGGCCCAUGGCAACCAAGAGAUGCGCCCCCACAGGACUGUGUUCACACGGGCCAUUGAGGCCUGUGACCUGCACUGGCAGGACCGACACCUCCAGCACAUUAUCGCCAGUGACCUCUAUGCCAACUACUGUUACCAUGACAACCAGGAGGGCUCCCUCUUUGACACCCGCGGCUGGCCCUUGUGGCAUGAACAUGUCCCGACGGCCUGUGCCAGGGUGGAUGCCCUGCGUUCCCACGGUUACCCAAGAGAAGCCCUCCGACUGGCCAUCGCCGUGGUAAACACAUUACGACGGCAACAGCAGAGGCAACUGGAGCACUUCCGCCGACACAAGAAAGAGUUGCUCCAUAAAGGCCAUACCUCCAUAACCAACAUGGAGGGCUGGGUGGGACACCCCCUGGAUCCCAUCGGUACCCUGUUCAGCACCCUGACAGAGUCGGGACGAGGAGGAGAGGAGGGCUCCAACACCUGCUUAGACCUCUCAGGGGAAUUCAAAAAGUUCAACGGGAAAGGUAUUAAGGGAAAUUUCACAAGUCAAGACUGCUCCAGUGUUGUAAGCCGAGCAGAGCUCCAGCGAAUGCCCGUGCAGCGAUUACUAGGAGACGGUGAAUCGUAUGUGGCACUGGCAGUGGAGACAGCUCUGAUUGGCUUAGGCCAGCAGCGGGUGAUGCCUGACGGGCUGUACGCUCAAGAGAAGGUGUGUCGCAAUGAAGAGCAGCUAUUGGCCAAGCUGCAGGAAGUGGAACUGGACGACUCCCUGGUCAAAAUCUUCCGUAAACAGGCCGUCUUUCUGCUAGAGGCUGGUCCGUACUCUGGUCUUGGAGAGAUCGUCCACAGAGAGAGUGUUCCCAUGCACACCUUCGCCCGCUAUCUCUUUACCUCUCUCCUACCUCACGACGCUGAACUGGCGUACAAAAUUGCACUGAGAGCGAUGCGGUUGCCGGUGUUGGAGUCGACGGCCUCGUCCGGUGACCUGUCACGACCCCACCACAUUGUGUCCGUGGUGCCCAACCGCUACCCGCGCUGGUUCACCCUGAGCCACAUAGAGUCUCAGCAGUGUGAGCUGGCCUCCACCAUGCUUACUGCUGCCAAAGGUGACAGUCGCAGGCUGGAGACAGUCCUGGAGUCCAUCCAGAAAAACAUUCACUCCUCGUCUCACAUCUUCAAACUGGCUCAAGAUGCGUUUAAGAUCGCCACUCUAAUGGACAGCCUGCCUGACAUCACACUUCUCAAAGUCUCUCUGGAGCUGGGACUGCAGGUGAUGAGAAUAACUCUGUCCACAUUAAACUGGAGGAGGAGAGAGAUGGUGCGCUGGUUAGUCACGUGUGCCACUGAAGUGGGUGUGUACGCCCUGGACAGCAUCAUGCAGAGCUGGUUCACCCUCUUCACCCCCACAGAAGCCACCAGUAUCGUGGCCACCACUGUCAUGUCCAACAGCACCAUCGUCCGCCUCCACCUGGACUGCCACCAGCAGGAGAACCUGGCUUCAUCCGCCCGCACCCUCGCCCUGCAGUGUGCCAUGAAGGACCCCCAGAACUGCGCCCUCUCUGCUCUUACACUCUGUGAAAAGGACCACAUUGCCUUCGAGACAGCCUACCAGAUUGUACUGGACGCGGCGGCGACAGGGAUGAGCUACACACAGCUGUUCACUAUAGCACGCUACAUGGAACACCGUGGUUACCCGAUGAGGGCGUAUAAGCUGGCGACGUUAGCCAUGGCUCAUCUGAACCUCAGUUACAACCAGGACACACACCCAGCCAUCAACGACGUGCUCUGGGCCUGCGCGCUCAGCCACUCGCUGGGGAAGAACGAGCUAGCCGCCGUUAUACCCCUGGUGGUCAAGAGUGUGAAGUGUGCCACCGUGCUCUCGGACAUUUUGCGGAGGUGCACGCUGACCACGCCGGGCAUGGUGUCGGCGCUGCACAGCCGCAGGAACUCUGGGAAGCUGAUGUCCCUGGACAAGGCGCCGCUAAGGCAGCUGCUGGACGCAACCAUCGGGGCCUACAUCAACACCACGCACUCGCGGCUCACACACAUCAGCCCGCGCCACUACAGCGAGUUCAUCGAGUUCCUGGGCAAGGCCCGGGAGACUUUCAUGAUGGCUCACGACGGACACAUUCAGUUCACCCAGUUCAUAGACAACCUGAAACAGAUCUACAAGGGCAAAAAGAAACUAAUGAUGCUGGUGAGGGAGAGGUUUGGCUGAGGGUGAGGCUGGGGGUCGCCAAAUACUCCCCUCCCACUCUAGUACUUUUCUAUUAACUUGAGUCUGCCUUUUGAACUUCUUUUGGACUUAAUAAAAUGGAGAAGUAAAAAGAGGGAUGUGACUUGUAGAAUGAAGCAAAAAGAGAAAGGAAAAGAUGACAAAAAAAUCAACAGAGCCACACGCGGUAUUAUUGUUCUUGCUGUUGUUAUUGUUAUAAACAUUAUUACUAUUAUUAUUAUUAAUAAUAUUAUUACUACUAUGUGUACAGAAGUGUUUUUAUUUUUCAGAAGAGAGGAAAUUUGUCACGUUGUGAAUGUUGUGUGUAUUUCUGUACAUGUGUGCGAGAGGAAAAUGAAAGUGAAAUGGCUUUUUUUAUUUUUGUUCUUUUUAUUUUUAUGAUUUAAAACAUCUUUCUUUCCCCCCUUUUUCAGUGUACAUUGAGUUAUAUGUUGUCAAGUGGCUGAAGCCCUUCUUCAAUAGCGCUCAUGUAAAAACAUAAAAAAAAAA